AUGAGACUUAAGUUACCAGCUUUAGCAAUGGCCUGUGAUAGAACUGGAAUAUCGGACAGAUCUGCUGCUACGAUUGCAAGUGCAAUACUUCAGGAUGUUGGUAUUAUUUCAGUUGAUACUAAAAAAAAUGUGAUAGAUAGAAUGAAAGUUCGCAGAGAAAGGGAAAAAAAACGUAUAGAUCUACAAAAAGUAAAAAAUAAAAAAUUAUUGGGACUAUAUUUUGAUGGGCGAAAAGAUAAGACUAUGGUAAACCAUAAGGAAGGAACUAAAUAUUACAGACAAAUAAUAACUGAAGAACAUAUAUCACUUAUUCAAGAACCAGAAUCUAAAUACAUAGGUCACGCAACACCAACUAACGGAUCUGCUUUACAAAUUAAAAAUAGUAUUAUUAAUUUUUUGGAAACAAAUAAUAUAGUUACUUCAAACAUUGUUGCGAUUGGCUGUGAUGGUACAGUUGUAAAUACAGGCUUUAGAACAGGAGUUAUUCGGCAAAUAGAAGAACAUUUAAAAAAACCACUCCAGUGGUUUAUUUGUCAACUUCAUGCUAACGAGCUUCCAUUACGUCAUUUGUUUCAACACCUAGAUGGGAAAACAUCUGGGCCUAAUGGAUUUUCCGGUUCAAUAGGAAAACAGUUAGAAAUAUGCCACAAACUACCAGUUGUUGAAUUUGUUCGUAUUAAAAGUAACUUGCCUUAUUUAAAAAAUGAAGUUGAUUUAAGUACUGAUCAAAAAUAUUUGUUUGAGAUGUGUCUAAGUAUUUCUAAUGGUAAUUGUAGCAUUGAUUUGUCCAGAAGGAACCCAGGGAAGCAAGCACACUCUAGAUGGCUUACCACUGCUAAUCGCAUUUUACGUUUAUAUAUUAGUAUGAAAUCUCCAAAAGAAAAUUUAAAAAUUUUAGCUGAGUUUAUAGUAAAAGUAUAUGGUCUCAUGUGGUUCUAUAUAAAAAUGAAUCCAUUUUGUACAUCUGGAUCAAAACACCUUUGGAAGACCAUAUAA